UCUUUGCGAACCUCACAAUUUUCCGGUUGGAUUCAAAUCCAACAUUUCAAUGACAUUGUCUAACUGGUGGAUAGAAAGAAAUGCUGAUGGCAAAAUAAUCCGAAAUGAAGACUUCAUAAAAUGGCAAGGAAACAAUGAUUGGAGGACCAGAAGCUUGAUGAUCACAGAAGCCGGUACAGUUGAAGUGGAUGAAACUUUACUCAACACACACCAGAACACUAAGCCAGUCAUUUUCAAACACAAUUGCGAGAUGGGAAAAGGGGCAGUAUUCCAUCAUGCAUAUCCAUCAAAAUUCGAGUAUAUCCGGGUGAAAUCCUUUGAGAGCUUGAAACACGAGCUAGAGAGUGGACAUUGGAUUCAGGGCUCAGCGAAUUUUUCUACGUGCUCUACACAUAUCACUGGUCUCCUGGAAAUCAUGAACUUGGACUUUCAAAGCUUUGAAAAUUAUCGCAUCGACAGGGAAGAGCAAAUUUCAGCCACGAUUUACGGAGUCCCGGAAUUCGGCUCUUCAGUGGAAUUCAUCUUCCAUUCAAUGCUCGGGAACGGGGAUCAGGUUGAUGUUAUUUUCACGGAGCCACGUCUAUCGCAGUCAUACAAGAUUCAAUGCAGCUUGGCAAAAAACGUACACCUCGUCACACAGCGAUUUAACGAUGCGGAAAUGCUGGCGGAAAAUGCGACAGAUUCAGGGUUCGGCAAAUCAGCCACGGUGCUAAUUAGGACGGAAGCAUGUGGCAACAGAAACGAAAGCGACGAUUCUCUCUCCAAUACCAUCAGCGCAUGGAAAGUUCCUCAAUGGAUGACAUCGCAAACAGGCGAACUAGCACUUGAGAAACCAUACCCAGAAAUUGCAUCAGAUCUUGGGCCCAAUCCUGACACGACCAAUCAAUCCAUCACGAUAUUCGAAGCAUCGUCCAGGACUGUGAGCAUCAAUGACUGGAAGAACCUCACAAAAAUUUGGAAUGAUGGCGGCAUCUUCACGGUAGAAAUAAAACUCGAACAAUGUAAGAACUUGGGAAUAAAUGCUCAAGAACAUCAAGGACGACAAGAAACGAUUGCUUUCACGAUUUUGAGCAGCUAUUUGAGCAGUGAAGAGUACAUUGGUGCAUCGAAACCCGGAGUUACUCAUUUUGAAGAAGAAACCUGGAUAACGCAGCAUUUCAUCAUCAUCACGCUGAAUAACGGAAGCGAGACGAUUUACGUGAACGCGCUGAAGUUCAGUGCGAACAACUACGAUUUCCAACAGCUCCAAUCACAGUUUUACGACUGCGGUUCAUUCCUAGAUUCCAGCGUCGUUUUGGGGUAUAAUGUCGGACCACCAGGUGUCAGUCAAUAAAUCAGCAAAAAGAAGUGCAUACCUGUCUUUCAAAUUCCCUCGGUGUCUUCCUUCAACAUUUGGAGGUUGAACAUGUGCCGGAUCGUUGGACGACCAUGAGGACAGUCCUGGAAGAUCAGGAAAAAUAUAAUACUG